AUGGCAGGAUCAACAUUAAACUUGAGUGAUGAAGAACUACGUAAGCUUCUUGAAGAUAUCUCACAAGAGAUCAGAGAUGAUGAUUCCAAAGAUACAACAGCACCAGAUGAUAAAAGACCAAAAAAACAUCAAAACCCACCAGCUAUUUUACCUCUAGUCGUUGAUUGUGCUAAUUAUAGUCGUUUAGCUUAUGGUAUUCCAACAUUACCAGAAAAAUUCAAAGACGUGUCAUUAGAUUUAUUAAGGAAACCAACAAAUGAUCAUAUUGAAGAUGACAAAUUGAAAGAAUUGGAAUUGUUUAAUCAAUCAUUGGCUUACUACAAAGAACGCCUUUCUGAAUUGUCAGAUAAGGUUGAUAUCUUGAAAUCUUUCAAAGUUGAUGAUCAAGGCGGUACUUCAUAUAUAGCUGUUGAUCAUGAUAAAAAAUAUUUAAUUGUUGCCUUUAAGGGGACAAAGACAAAAGAUGAAUGGCUCAAAACAAAUUUCAGUAUCAGAGGUAUUAAAUACAAACCAUUGAACCCAUGGGGUAAAUCUAAUGAAAACUUGAAAGAUGUGGAUGUUCAUGAAGGAUUUUAUACAGCUAUUAAAAACUUGAUUGAAGAUUAUGACAUUUUCAAAACGGUUCAAAAGUAUAUUGAUGAAUACAAAGACUACAAGUUAAUCAUCACAGGUCAUUCACUUGGUGGUGCUUUAGCUGCUUUAUUUGGUAUUGAAGCACAAGUCUUAGGCUGGAAUCCAUUAAUCAUCACAUUAGCCGCUCCAAAAAUUGCUUAUGUUGAUCGUCCAGGUUUAGAUAUCUUAACUUCAGGUCCUUCAUUCCCUGAAAAGAUUGAAAAAUUAUUUGAUAUAACUGUGGACAAAGUUACGCAAACUUAUCUUGAUUUAAAAGGAUUGAUUAAAUCUGAUUAUGGUACUUUUAUUAACAUUGAACAUAUUGGUGAUAUUGUUCCUUUGGUUCCAUUAGCACCUUAUGAAAGAUUAGGUGGUAUUCCAUAUCUUUUAAGAUCUACAGGACCUAUUGAAAUCAAUAAAUUCUUACCACAAGCUUUAGAAAUUGAUGCAAAUGAAGAUUUAACAGAUAUUAAAGAUAAUGAAAAUUAUGCAAGAAGAACUUAUAAAGAUCAAAAAUGGAUCAAUGAUAAAUUAAGCAAAGAAAAAUUAUUUUAUAAUACAACUGUGGCUAUAAUCAAAGAAAACUUAACCAUAUUUGACUCACCACAAACUACAUUUAUCCAAAAAUUAGCACAACUCUUAGAAUUUGGUGAUAUUUUUGAUAAGUUAGUUGAGAUUCAUUGUUUUUAUACCCUUUAUGAUCUUUCUUUAGAUGGGAAUGCCAUUGAAGAUUUUGUUGAAGGAAAACAAUGA